AUGCCCCCGAAACAACGGACACGCAAACGGGCACGGACCGCGAUACCAGCGGCCCCUCCCGCCGACGUGCCUCCGCCCGUCCGACAAGCCAUGAACGCUUUGUUCGCCGAUACCGACUUUUCCAAAGACAAGGAGGAGAACGUGACAUGGAUAAAAACAAAUUUACGGAACAAGUUGGAACUGUGCGCCGUCACCACCAGCGACGUACGGUCCUGUUGGGCUGAGUCGGAUACGGAGACGACCAAAGGUAAUUUGGAGGCUCUGACGGUGGCGGCAUGGAAUCAACAGAGUCGUGCGGAACGCGCCUUUGACCUUUUGGACGAGGCCGGCAAGGGGAUGAUUGUGUUGGAGGAUCUUGAACGAGUAGCGGCCGAAUUUUUGGGAGAUUCCGUCACCCGCGACGAUUUGGAGGAAAUGAUCCGCGAAGUGGAUUCCACCGGUGACGGGUUGUUGAACCGCACGAGUAUUUGCCGACUCGCGCGAGAAAUUAAUUUGUAA